AGUGAAUAUAAAUUUGAAUUUAAACAAGUGCAACUUUAUAAAAUAUGAAGCGUUUACAUGAAACAGAGGCGGCAGCCACGGAGUUGCCGGCAACGUCUGAUGCUGAUAAGGAGAAGCGUGUGAAGACAGAUAACUCUGGCACAACAGAGGAAGAUGCUGAUAGCGAAGCAGAUGAGAGUAGCAGCAGCGAUAGUGAUAAGGAAGAUUUCAACAGCAGUUGUCACUUGCCACGGCUUGGACAAUGUGAAGUUUGCGCCGCUGAUAAUGCGCGCUAUUGUUGCCCCAAAUGCGAGGUGAAGACUUGCUGCGUGCGUUGUGUACAAAUACAUAAGAAGGAGCUGGACUGUGAUGGCAUACGCGAUCGUACCAAAUUCAUACCGCUGAGGAAAAUGACAAAAAUGGAUUUCAUGAGCGAUUAUUACUUUUUGGAGGAGUGCACACGUUAUGUGAGUGAUCGCAAAAAGGACACAAUCAAACGUUUUACACGUUACAAUAAAACGCUACCAACACAUUUGUUUCGUUUGCGCGGCGCUGCGGCCGAACGUCGCACGGUGCUACGUUUUUUGUUGCCCAAUUUUACGCGCCACAAAAAUAAUACAACUUUCUUUGAUUGGAAUUUACGUAAAAUCUUUUGGCGCAUCGAGUGGGUGUUUGUCAAUGCGGGCGCAUUGCAGUAUGUAAACGAGCGUUGCGAUGAGGAAUUGACGCUGGCGCAGUUGUUGGACAAAUAUGUGAAUGUAAAAAGCGCUGAAUGCGUGCCACAAAAGAAGGCAUUGGAAUACUAUCAAAGUGCAGGACUCAACAAAUUGAAGUUGCUGCUAAAAGCGGAAGGUAUUAAAUGUUCGCGUACACGUUACUAUACUUUGGAUGUGCGCAAAACGUUAAAAGCUAACUUGGCAGGCAAAACAUUAGUAGAGUUUCCCUGCAUAUACGUUAGUUAUGAGGAAAAUCCGGCGGGUUGUGAUAUCAUUGACAGCGAUGAAGACGUCGAGGCGGAGACCAAAAGUCACGAAGCUAACAUUGAGGCCUUACACAAACAACGUUUGUUGGCGAGUGCAACAAAAAGCGAAGAUGCUGCAACUGAUGAGUUACAAGCGGCUUCUGCUGCUGAAAAGUUGUCCAAAGUCUCAGCAGAGAAACGACGUGUAGCGCGCGCACGCAAACGUGAGGAGUUUGAGAAAGCGCCUAGCAAUUUCCUUUUUUCCGACGAGCAAUUGUGGGAAGCGUUAUCGUCAUCAUCCUCAGGUGAAGAAACGGAGGAGGAGUGUAGUAAAAGCUAACUAAUAAGAUAAGCUCAAAACAUUUUUUCUGUGGAAACGUAAGUAGGUUUAAACCGCUAGUGCUUUUUAAUAUUUUGCAAAACUCAAAUAUAUUUUCGUUUUAACUAUGAAAUAAUAAUUGUGUACAUUGUUUCAUGCAAAAUAUUUAUUACAAGAAAUUUUUCCAUAGUUGAGUUAAAUAUUGUUUAA